AGCCACGUGGUUAAACGACGUGAAGGAAAGAGGCCGCUUUUGGCUGGAGAUCUCGUAGUGAAGCUCAAGGAAGGUGUUGGGGAGAUGGGAGAACUGAUAUUUACUGACAAUUCCAGUUGGAAUAGGAGUAAAAGAUUCAGGAUAGGGCUUAAGGUGGCAACGGGUUGUUGUGGGAACACACGAAUCCGAGAAGCAAAAACAGACGCCUUCCAAGUCAAGGAACAUAGAGGGCAAGCAUACAUGAAACAUCAUCCACUCGCAUCUGACGAUGAGGUUUGGAGGUUGGAGAACAUUGCCAAAGGUGGGAUAUCUCACCAAAAUCUGAGUGAUGCUGGAAUAUAUAAAGUGGAAGACAUUCUACUGCAACUGUUCACGGACCCCAAGAAACUGAGAGAGAUUCUUGGAAAGAGCAUAGCAGAGAAGAAGUGGUAUAGCCUGAUACGCCAUGCAAAGACUUGCAAAACAAAGUGGAAACUUUACUUGGACUAUCCUGAUGGCGUGACGAAGCAUGGUGUUGUAUUCAACACUGAUGGUCAACCAAUCGGCCUAGUCAAAGACAGGGAAUAUUUUGCUACUCCUCGACUUUCUGCCCGAGAGAAGGAACUUAGAGAUGCAAUCGUGAAAAAGGCCUUGGCUAACUGGAACGAUGUGAGAGAGUUCAGUGGUGAGACGUUUUCUGAUUCAAUGCGGAACAAUAGCUCAAGCUCAUUUUCAUCUCAAGUCUCUGGUGGACAAACUGAAAAUCUCGACCAUGUUCAACGUUAUUUGGCUCCACCAGACUUUGCUGCUCCAGUUGGUCCGGUUGCUUCUCAGGCAAAUGUGAGCUCCACUGCUGAAGGACUUAAUGCAAUGGCUUUGGCGUUGCCAGUUCAGCCACAAAAUACCAAUUCUGGAAACUCCAUGAAGAUUUCAGUUGAUGAAAAUUUUCGUCCUGCUGCAUAUCAGAUCAUGUCUGCAGACUGCUCAAAUGUUCAGAUUCCUCCAGGAUAUCAUGGUAGUACUACUGCUGGAUUGCCAACACGGCCCCAUGGUAUCGAUUUACCAAAUGCCAUGAAUAGGCAAGUGAUCAAUUCUUUGAGCCAAAUGGUCUAUACAGGAUAUGAUCAUGUUCUUCCCUCUGAACCAUCCUAUGCCUUAACUUCAAGCUUCCAAUCUAGUAGGACACUUGCUCUUCCUGAAGGCAAUCACAAGACGGAAAAUAUCCAAUCAAUUGAUUCAGAUGAUAAUUGGUUGCAAUGGUUGGCUGAUGACCCAUUAUUUGAUAAUGGUUAUGUUAGAGGUACCGGCAGAGGUGUUAUUGGCUGGCUCAAGAUAAAGGCAGUGUUCAAGUGGGGGUACUUCAUCAGGAAGAGAGGUGGCAGACUUGUGGAGUUAGACCAACCACUGAUCGAAGUCCAGGCUUGUUCAUAGUUCUUAUGCCGCUUUAGGGAAAGAUGAUUCUCUGUUUACUUCUGACAGAAUUGAUGGUAUUUUUUUCUUAAACGGUGGUUAUAUUUCAUUGAUUCUAUAGAUUCACCUGUAUAUAGAACAUCUAUGUCGAACGCCUUCUUAAGCGACUAAUUGUUUCAUUAUAGUGUCUCUCUACCUCAAUUCUUUCCACAUCUUUCUUCAGAAAAGUUCUCUUAUAUAUCACAUGUAAGGAACGCAAGGUUAUAUCAUUCAAAGGGUGUACUUGGAUUCUGCGCUUAUUAUGCAUUA